CGGGUGCGGACGUCCCCGCUCCGUUCAGCUCUCCCGGGAGCUUCGCCGCCGCCGCGCCGCCGCGGGACCGAACGGAACGAACCGGGUCGGGCCGGGCCAUGACCCCCCCGUGCGCCGGAGCGCUGCGCUGCGCGGUGCUGUGCGCGGUGCUGUGCGCUCAGGGAUCCGCCGCCACCCGCGCAGAAUGCAGAGAGCUGCUGUCCUGUGAGCUGUGCACCACCGCUCCUCCAGCGCCCAACGGCACCGGCUGCCUCUGGGGGGGCUGUGGGGCACCGGAGACGUGGAGCUGCGUGCACAGCGGGGCGGCCACACGGGACACAUGUGUGCUCUACAACAGCAGUGCCCUGUGCCCAGCGGCACUGAAAUCCCCCACCAAAGAGCCACCGCGGUCCCCUAGCAAGGAGCCGGCAACACAUUCCCCACGGAGCAGCACCACGCGUGCCCCGCUGACGGGCAGCCCCGAGUUCCAGCCUCCGGGCUUCGACACGGCCAGCUUUGUGGGCGGCAUGGUGCUGGUGCUCAGCGUGCAGGCCGUCCUCUUCUUCAUCCUCAAGUUCAUCAAGUCCAAGGACAGCAGCUACCAAACGCUGAUCUGAGUUCCGGGCGAUGCUGCCCUCGCCUCCCCCAUCCCCCCCCCCCCUCCCGGGGAGGUGGAGAAGAGACCACCGCUGUGUCUCCAUCCCAUGCUGGGACCACCCCAAAGCUGUGGGACCCCCCCACCUGCACCACAACUAUGCAAAGCUGGCUCUGCGAGGGGGGGGAGGGGGGGGGCUGCACCUGGGGGCGAG